UUCUAUUAUAUUGGACCCAGGGUUUAAGAUAGAUUAAGUCACAAUGGAAUGCUGGUUGUUCACGUACAUUGGCAUAGCUACGUGCAGCAUUGUAGCUUUUAAGUUUGUUUCGAAAAUUGUUCAUGCUCUUCGUAUUUACGUCUUCCCAACUGUACCAAAAUUCAGCAAAUACGGAAAAUGGACAGUUGUGACAGGUUGCACAUCCGGCAUCGGAAAGUCUAUUGCAAAAGCGCUUGCUGCAAGAGGUCAAAACAUCGCUUUGAUAAGCAGAAAUCCAGAAAAGCUGAAAACUGUAGCGACGGAGCUGGAGACAAAAUACAAUGUUCAAACGAAAUAUCUUGUUAUCGAUUUUACGCAAGACGAAAGUAUUUACGAAAAAAUAGAGGAAUUUCUUCAAGGAAUGGACAUUGGUACUUUGGUUAAUAAUGUCGGAAUGGCAAGUCCAUUGGCUUUCUAUCUGGAUACAAAAAAUCUUUCUCAAAUUCUCCCGGCUAUUAUGAAAGUCAACGUCAUGUCUGUAUUUAAGAUGACUCAAAUUGUGCUUCCAGGAAUGAUGGAAAGAAAGCGAGGUCUUAUUCUAAACAUAUCAUCGGCAAGUUCUUUGGUACCGGUGAACGGCUUUUCGGUGUAUGGGGCAACAAAGGCUUUGGUGAACUAUUUCUCCAAGUGCAUCAGCAGAGAAUGUGAAGGACAUGGCAUAACAGUACAGAGCGUGAAGCCCUUCUUUGUCUCCACCAACAUGGUAAACAAUGUGAAACCAAACAUGCUGGUUAUGGAUGCCGAUUAUUACGUCAACUCUCUUCUUGGAACUAUCGGUAAAGAACGAGAGAGCGACGGAUGCUGGCAACAUGGCUUACAGGGUUUUUUUGUGCGUCACAUGACCGAAGGAACUUUCAAUGCAUUAAUGAAAAGAAGAAUGAAAACUAUGCAAAGAAAUUUAUCUUUAGCUGGUAAAGCAGCGAAAAAAGACAAUUAAUCAAUUUUACAAAAUAUUAUUAGACAUCACAUGAAAGUUACAAUUUUUUAUUAAUUUAUUAUAACCAAUAAAUGAUUUAAAAUUUCAAACUGGAUAUGGUAAAAUUAAGUUAAUAUUAUGUUUUUUUAUUGCUGGACAUUUUAUUCAAUUAAUACAUGGAGAAAUGGUGACUGUUACUUCUUUCCGAUCGCGCCGAAGCAAUGCCAGUCGUUAUUACGCGGGUGUUCUGUUAUAAACAUCUCGUGCCCACCUCCGCGUAACUACAUACAGUAGCUUGAGGAAAGAUGGGACGUGUUUUCACUAUCUUUUAUUGUCCCAUUUGGUAGUGAACAUAAACUAUUUAUAAAAUUGUCCAACCGAAGUCUCACGGCUCGAAAAGAGUUUGUUAAUUGUUCAAAACACAAUCAUGAAAUAUAGGAACUGGGUGCGAACGGUAUCCCAUCUUUCCCCACAAAACUAUA